UUUGUUGACAGUACCAAGAGGCUCCUUCUUGCUGCAUCACAUGCAACAUGAAACUCAAACGGUUUCUUAUAAGAUACUAUCCACCAGGUAUCAUCCUAGAGUAUGAAAAAGGGGGACAGUUGAGAACCAAGUCCAUCGAUUUGCUGGAAUUGUCUCCAGAUUCUGAUCCAGAUGAGUUGGUGGCUGAGAUCAGGGAAACUGAACCACUUGUCACCGAGACCCGUGUGGAGCAGGUCAAACUGCUGAUCCUCCGACUCAAGCAGAAGCUGUCCCAGAGGGAACACCAGAACGUCUAUCUCUUCAAGGCCCUCCAGGCACAUAUAUUGCCGCUGACAAAUGUUGCCUUCAAUAAAUCAGGUUCGAGUUUCAUAACUGGGAGCUAUGACAGGACAUGCAGAAUAUGGGAUACCGCGUCGGGGGCCGAGCUGCACUCACUGGAGGGACACAGGAAUGUUGUCUAUGCUAUUGCAUUCAACAAUCCCUAUGGGGACAAGGUGGCCACCGGCUCCUUUGAUAAGACCUGCAAACUGUGGAGCUCAGAAACUGGGAAAUGUUUGCAUACCUUUCGUGGACACAUGGCUGAGAUAGUGUGCCUGGCGUUCAGCCCCCAGGGUACGCUUGUGGCCACGGGCAGCAUGGACACCACCGCCAGGCUGUGGGACGUGGAGGGUGGCGAGGAGGUGGCGACUCUGACAGGUCACACGGCAGAGGUUAUCACCGUGUCCUUCAACACCGUGGGUGACCUGCUCCUCACCGGCUCCUUCGACCACACUGUCUCCCUAUGGGAGGUGGCCUCAGGCAGACGUGUCCACACCCUGAUGGGCCACAGCGGUGAGAUCACCAACGUCCAGCUGAACUGGGACUGCUCUCUCAUCCUCUCCGGCUCCAUGGAUAAAACCACCAAGCUGUGGUCUGUAGAGGAUGGGAAGUGUGUGACAACUCUGACCGGGCACACUGAAGAGGUGCUGGACGUGUGUUUCGACCUCACCGGGCAGCUUAUUGCUACUGCCUCGGCUGACGGCACAGCACGGGUUUACAACGCAGCCACGUAUGAGUGCCUGGUGAUGUUGGAGGGCCACCAGGGAGAGAUCUCAAAGAUCAGCUUCAGCCCACAGGGCAGCCGAGUGCUGACUGCCAGCUCUGAUAAAACGGCCCGUCUGUGGGACGUGGCGUCGGGACGCUGCCUGCAGGUCCUGGAGGGCCACGCUGACGAGAUCUUCUCCUGCGCGUUCAACUACGAGGGCGACACCAUCAUUACAGGAAGUAAGGACAACUCCUGUCGGAUCUGGCGCUGAGCGGCGCAGUGACUCACCGGCCCCCUCGGAGACACAGGGGGGGCCAUCGGCUGGAGGUCCAGCCAGCAGGUUUAUGUUAUUUUUUCACUUAAAGAACCCAGAGUGCAGACUAGAGCAUUCAUUCCCGUGUGCCCCGGUCUCGGUGGGUCGAUAAUCGUCUGGAUGAUGAGCCCGUUAUCCCCAUGAUCCCAGAGCCAUUGAUCCAGAAGGGGAUUCGUUUUUUUUUUUUACAGUGGUCUCCUUGAUCUCUGCAGCAAGGAAACAUAGUGAAUGUGUGGAUCACCCAUUUUCUAUCACCCAAAGAAGAACACACAUCUUGAUAAUACCACCACUCCAACUGGAAGAAGGAAGAGAACAACUUUGUAUUUUGUCAUGAUUCCCGACAUGAUUUGUUGGUGGAGCCUGAGCCGGAACUUACUGUCCUCAAUGUUGUCCGGGUGGAAAAACACAUCAGAGCCGAUGCACUUAUAAGGACAGUGGAGGCCGUACUUGCUGUGUUGAUGUGUUUCUCGGAAUACGGUUAUUCUUUCGAUGAGAAAUAAGGGUAAUCACAAAGAAAAUUAUGUAGCUAACAAGGUUAAAAUGUAUUACAAGGCGUGGUGUUGUCAUGGCUCAGAAGUUGCCAUUAUAAACCCAUAUAUAUAUUGAUUUGCAUGUGCCGUGUUCUUGUGAAUUAUCCAUUAUUAUAAAUUGAUCAGUAUUUAUUCUACAUAAUAAUAAAAUACUAAUGAUAGGGUUAGGCUGGUGA